GAGGUGAAUUUCUGCGGAAAUAUUGUUUAUUGAAAAGAACGCUUCAACAGCAAACAAACAAACAACGCUUCCCCACAGUCGGGAUUAUGAUUGGCUGCCGAUCAGCCGCAGAUCUUUGUCCUUCUCUUGGGCUGGAAACCUAUGACAUAGAGAUGGGCUCACGGGGCCCGUGGGCUUGAGAUCAGUCUAUGCAUGUACUGUAAAGAUUCACGAUCUGCAUCAUUCAGCAUCUACACGUCCACCCACUGAUUCACAUCUCACCGCGGAACACCAUUGAGAGGAACAGAACAGCACACAGCAUGUUCCUACUCCGAGAUAACCAUUGUAACAUCUAGAACCAGUAUUUCGGGCGACUGUUUCACGUAGAUCAUUGAGAUGCGAUGCGCUUUUCAUUGAGGAGCAGCAGAUUGGCGCGAGCGCUUUUUUAUUAAUCAGCUUUCAUAAGGCGCGCGAGCUGGACGCUUCUUUUAGACAGGUGUUUCGUUUGUGUUUCGACCACCUGCUCUGGUACCAUGAUGUUAGGGCAGUCUCCACACCUUAUCGGGGGAAUCCACUGGAUUCAAAACCCAAUGCGAGCUGUUCACUGCAAUCUGACCCAGAAUGGGAUUGACCAUCAGAUGUGUGCAGAGGAUGUGACCUCACACCUGGAGGAAGUGUCUGUUGAUCAUGGACUGGAUGAUGACAGCCAAGGCUUUCAGGACCAGGGUCCUGGUUUUCAGAGGCGAUCUCCACCUCAGCGCUCCAUCUCAGAAUCUGAGCUCUCCAGGCCGGGAACUAUGAAGCUGUCCAAACCAGUGGCGCUGUGGAGCCAGCAGGACGUGUGUAAAUGGCUGAAGAAACACUGUCCCAAUCAACACCAAGUCUAUAGUGACUCCUUCAAGCAGCACGACAUCACAGGACGAGCUCUGAUGAGGCUCACUGACAGGAAGUUGGAGCGUAUGGGCAUCAUGCAGGAGAGUCAGAGACAGUACAUACUACAGCAGGUCCUCCAGCUCCGCGUCAGAGAAGAGGUCCGUACUCUGCAGCUGCUCACGCAAGCCUCUCUGGAGAGUUCACCAUAACUUGAGCAUUCCUGGAGAUCCUCCGUUCCUUAUCCAUCUUCUCAGACGUCCACAGCACACACCAGACUCUGCAGUCUUCCUUCAGUCCAGUUCUCUUAAAACUCUCCUAAAGCAGAUCUAGACCCUCUCGCUGACAGUCAUAAAAAUGGAUCCAACUGCUCUUCAGUAGCUCUUUACAGCAUAUCAGAUCCAAACUCUAAGAAUCGCCAGGACUACCAAUGUUGGACAAUGUGAAAGACCUGCUUGCUGAAUUAUCUUGCUGGUUGUAUGUAAUCCUUUCUUCUAUCUAGAUAGAUAGCUAUAUAGCUAAUAUAGCUCAUUUGUCUGUCUGUCUAUCAAUCUAUUUUAGCUAGCUAGCUAAUUAGCUAUCUUUAUAUCUAACUUGAUUAUAUAGCUAUCUGUAAUUGAAAUAUACAUUUAUAGCUAGCUAUGUAGCUUACUAGCUAUCUGGAUAGGUAAUCAAGAUAUCUAGCUGGCUUUCUAGCUAUCUCUUCACCUGUUACAUUCUAACGAAAUAGCAACAUGUGGACUCCACCCUUUGCACGUCUGAAUAUUGCUCGUCUUAUCCUCUCUCUUGUGUCUGACGUCUCUUAGUAUUAUUUAAACUGUCUGGUCGGCCUGGUUAGUUGUCUCUUUGUCUUUUUAUGUCCCCAAGCUUGAAUUCCCUCGCCAUCCAUCAAAAGCAAGAUCCUGCUAUUAUGUAUCCCGUAGACUGAACUGCACUGUGACUGUGACCAGGUCUCUUAAAAAGACAAGCCCACCCUUCCACAGGGAGCUGCGUUCCACCCCAAAUCCUUCUUUCAUCGCUGGACCAAAUGCAUUAUACUUUCAUCUCUUGAUCCGGAGCCAAUCUUAGGGUUUGACUCAUGGUGGAAUUCAAUUAGAAGGCAGGAUGAAGCAACUGAGCUCAGAGCUGUGAAACUGCAAACAAUCAGAAAUGGGAGACAAA